UAGCUUAGAAAACUGUCGAAAUAUAAAAGCUACGGAACCAAAUGAAAAAACGGGAAAACGGAUGAGCAAAACCCCAAAAAGAAAAUGAAAGAAUUAAAAUGAAUAGCAGCGUUUUGCAAAAUAUUAUGCAAAUACUUGUGAAAUAUUGAGUUGAGAAAAGAAAUUGUAAAGAAAAGAGUGGGGUACGGUUUUGUAUUUUGCAAUUUAAAUGAAUGUGUAUAUGUUCCUUCUCGGCAGCCUAUGAGCAUAAAACAUCAUGCAGUGUACACAGCACAAAAAGAGCAAUAACACAACAUCGCAGGAGUAGAGUCAGUCUACUACCUUUUCUAUUUGCACCCUAGAUAAACAACAACAACAACAGCAACAAAGAUGCCGCUACAUUGUAAAGAAAAGGUUGUGAUUUAAAAUAAAAUCUCAAAUACUUAAAUUCUAUGAAAGAAGAUUAAUAAGAAAUAAAAAUAAAUAAAACGAAAACGAAAUAAAUAACGAAAACUCGCCUACAACACACGAAUAUACUCGCACGCUAUGACAGAAAACAAACAUCAGAAUUGCAACAACAUUGAAAAUGGCCAUUCCAUUACAACCAUCGAAAAGAGCCGCAAGGACGAAAACGAGUCCUCGGAAGGACCCACCGUGAAUCUUCCCCAUUCGGUUUUGAACAAGUUAUUUACAACGUUUUAUGUCAAUCAAAGACGCGAAGCUUUAAAAUGGUUCCUUGCCGCAUAUUUAUGCUUUAGUAUAUACACCAUUGCGAUACCAGCCGAUCAGACUAUACAGAGUCGAACAUGCUAUAUAACCUUGGAUAUAAUUGCGGUGAGUAGUUGGCUGCUGAUGUUCGCUGCCAGCAAAUACGAGAGGGCCAAAUCGAAAAAGCCACUGCACAUUGCCCUGCUCAUAGACAGCGCUCCAAUUUUAAUAUGGGUGUGCUUUGUGUUGCACUCUGUGGUCUAUUGCAUCGCACAGCAGGUGACAAUAUCGGCCAGGGAACUCCUGGGCUGGUCAAUUUUAUUUAAUUUUUUGGUGCCCGUAAGCAUACCAGUUCCUCUAUAUUACACGGGGUGUUUUAUGUGCUUUGUAACAUUUUUCGGCUACUAUGCUCUAAUCUACUUAACUUCACGUGAUGAUCCCAUGUUCAAUGAGAUGUUAAUGGCAAACAUGGUUUUAGUUUCGUCAGCUUUAAUAAUAGGUUUAAUUUACUACGACAUGAAUGCGGCCAAACAGAGGAGAGCUUUCUUGGAGGCCAAAAAGAGUUUGGAGGUUAAAAUGAUUAUCGAGGAGGAAUCGGCUGAGCAAGAGCGUUUGCUGCUGUCGGUGUUGCCAAAGCAUGUGGCUGAAAAAAUGAGACAAGACUUGGGAUCCACAAGUUCGGAACCAUUUAAGAAAAUCUAUAUGAGUCGCCACGAGAAUGUGAGUAUUUUGUAUGCUGACAUAGUUGGCUUCACCGCCAUAUCCUCGACAUACAGUGCCCAGGAUUUGGUGAAGAUGUUAAAUGAGCUAUUUGCCCGUUUCGAUAGAUUGGCCGAGAAAUAUCAACAACUACGUAUAAAAAUUCUGGGAGAUUGUUAUUAUUGCAUUAGCGGAGCCCCAGACGAACGCUCAGAUCAUGCUGUGCUUUGUGUACACAUGGGUCUAUCAAUGGUUAAGGCUAUAAAGUAUGUGCAACAAAAGGCCAAUUCACCUGUUGAUAUGCGAGUUGGAAUACAUACGGGCGCUGUCUUGGCCGGUAUACUGGGACAGCGACAAUGGCAAUUUGAUGUCUAUUCAAAGGACGUAGAGCUAGCCAAUAAAAUGGAAUCAAGCGGAAAGGCAGGUCGCGUGCACAUCUCUGACAAAACGUUGGCAUAUCUAAAUGGUGAGUUUGAGGUAGAACCCGCAUAUGGAGAAAAACGAGAGGAAGCCCUACGCAUAGCUGGUCUCAAAACGUAUUUCAUAGUGAAAGUCCUGAAGCCUUUCGCCUCGCCCAGUGCAAAGAAAAUCAACGAAACCCAAUCGAAUCAAGGUAACAACGAUAACGAUGAUACCCUAGAUGAGGAACUUCUAGCCGAGACAAAUGACGAGGAUGUUGCCACUAAAGAAAUUGACGAGACGGAAGUAAGCGAUAAAGGCGCACUUUUUAAAGAGCAACUGCGUAAUGUGCUAAGGGAUCGCGACUAUUAUGCGCACUUGGACCAGGACACCAAUUUCUUGCUCAAAUUUAAAGUUAAAGAAUCCGAAGAUGAUUAUGCCUCUUAUAGAGAACCAUUUUCAUCGUUGCCUCUUAUAGCCGCUCUCAUAGUACAAAGUGUGGAUAUAUUUUAUUCAUUUUUAAUAUUGCCCAGAUCUCCUUUACAUUUUGUGAAUAUAGCUGCUCCCUUAAUACCGAUAUUUAUGCUGGUAUUCAUAAGUGUGGCAGAAAGUUUUCCUGGACAUUUGCCUGACUUUUUUGUAAGCAUAAGUAAACGUUAUAACGACUUUACGCUUGUAAGGGAGUUAACAGCUGUAAUAAUAGUUUUGACUCUGGGCCUAAGUAAUAUCAUCGAUGAGUACUUUUUUGUGGCCUAUAUAAAAUCAGAACAUAUUGUUUCGGAGAGCGUUUUCAAUAAAACCCAAAGUGAAGAAGAUUUCCUGGUGGCAGAGCCAAUGAUUGAUGCAACACCAGAUCCACUGGAUAAUAUCAUGUAUCCAUCGUACUUAAGCAAUUUUAGUGUUUUAAUACUGAUAGCAACAACUGUUGUGGCUCAACUAACACAUUAUGUUAAAAUUUUGCUGCUGACUUUAAUCACAGGCUUACACUGGUACUUCAAUGUUUAUGUGCUAUGUGAUCUAUAUUCUCUAGAAGACGAUUUGGCCUAUAACCCAAUAGUUUCCACAAGUCGUUUGAUGUCGGCUUCAUUGGUUCUAAUCACCAUAUCGUUGGCAUUCUGGGCGAGACAUAUGGAUCGUGAAGAUCGUGUUAUCUUCAAAUGGAAACUUUUAGUAUCCGAACAAAAGGAGAGGGCUGAUGAUAUGCGUCAACGUAAUGAGGCUUUGGUUUAUAAUGUGCUGCCAGUUCAUGUGGCCGAACAUUUCAUGAAGAACACUAAGCGUUCGCAUGAUGAUCUGUACUCUCAAAGUUAUUCGGAAGUGGGCGUUUUAUUUGCCAGCAUGCCAAACUUUUCGGAUUUCUAUUCCGAGGAAUCUGUUAACAAUCAAGGCUUAGAAUGCUUGAGAUUCCUUAAUGAAGUUAUAUCGGACUUUGAUGCGCUACUGGAGCUACCCCAAUUUCAAGAUAUAAUUAAAAUCAAAACAAUAGGUUCCACCUAUAUGGCUGCUAGCGGCAUAAACCUUAAUCGCGACAUCAAACCAGGUGAUCCCAUCACUAAACGCUGGGCUCAUCUGGAUCUGCUGGUGGAAUUCGCUUUGGAAUUAAAGAAAACUCUGCAAGACAUUAAUGAACAGUCAUUCAACCAUUUUGUGCUAAAAAUGGGCGUUAAUCAUGGACCAAUAACUGCGGGAGUGAUAGGAGCCAGGAAACCUCAUUAUGAUAUAUGGGGUAAUACGGUUAAUGUGGCUUCACGCAUGGAAAGCACUGGCAAAGCCGGAUCCAUACAGGUGACUGAAGAAACUUGUAAUAUUUUGCAAGAAUUUGGGUAUUCCUUCCUACAACGUGGAUUGGUGACGGUCAAAGGAAAAGGCGAGCUAAUGACCUAUUAUUUACGGGAUGAUAUACCCAAACAAACGGUGGUAGCAAAUGUGGGUAAUCCUACCGAUGCCACUGCUGAAACAGAGAUUCAUUUGAAAAUGGAUGAAACAGAGGCUGCCGAUAUAAAAACACCACUCUUGCAAUUAGCUUCUGACACCAAAUGCCAACAACAGCAACAACAACAACUCAAAAACAUCAGCCCGGCCAAGGUCUGCGGCAAUGGUGAAAUGUCCACUGAAGAAGACUCUUUGAUCAACCACACAGAAAAUCUGUAAACUGUUAUGAGAGAAAUGAACACAGUAAAGUAGAACAACAACCACAAAAACAAAACAGCGCAAAGAGUGGCAAAUCCCCACUUUUGACAUGCCACUGUUUCUCUAUACAACAACAGCAACAACACACCAAAGGCCUUUUUACAGAGGCAGUUAACGUAAAAUUUACAAUUUUUAACAUAACUACAUAGAAAAAAAACUAACUAUAUAUAUAUACAUAUAAAUUGAACUCAAUUCAACAAAGCAGAAUGUAAGCUAAUAGGAAAUUCUAUCUAGUCAAACUGUAAUCCCCCCAAAUCCAAUCAAAUCCAGUUCCUUCUCCCCAAUCCAAAAUUUAACCUAAACAGUAUUGUUUACCCCAUAUACAUAUAUAUUUUGUAUACCUGAUGAUAGCCUUGAAGAAUCAUCUAAAAAUAUUUUGCCAUUCUUUAUACCUUUGCCUAUUUUAAGCUGUACUUAGUGAUCCUCCUCCCUCUCUUUCUCUCUCUCACACACUCUUUAACAACUAAAUAUUAGUAUUGAAUUUAUUGUUAUUUAGUUUUAAAAUUAAUUUCGAAGACGAAGCAAAAAAGACAAUUUAAGUUAAAACUCACUUGUUGUUUAAUAAAUCAACCAACACACAAAAGAAAAAACUA